AGAAGUGCAGUGCAGUAUUAUGCAUGGCAUGGUAUACGAAAUUAGUUUUUAAGAUUACUCCGUGACUACAUAAUUACAUCUGUAGAGUAAUUUAAAGAUUGCCUAGUAAAAUAAUUAUUAACGGUUAACCAAUUGAUAUGGGGAAUUUAUUUAAAAAAUCCAAAAAGGAAUCUGAAUGUGACUUCAAUACUUAUUUGUACACGAUUGACACACGGAAAAAAACGACGCGCAAUGAAGUUUAUUUUUCUUUAGAACCAGAUUUUAAGCACAUUCUUGAAACGUCACCAAAAUAUAACGAAAACACGAAUGUUUCAUAUCAUUCAAUACCAUCGAUUCCAUUUACUGCUAACCAAAGCUCUAGUGCAUCGUCACAAAUGUCUGGAAACACUAUGAAUAACAACAUGAAGUUAUGCAUACCUCCUCCGGAUUUACUUCCAACUGAAACAAGAUCCCAAUGGAAAAUGGGAAAGUCGAGUGAUGAUUCGGCGGUUUUUUCACUGGUGAGCGAUCCAAUAUCUCCAGUACCUCUCAGAACGCUAGACAAACACAAAGUUGAACUACAACAGAAUGCGACUCGACAGGUGAAAAGUAUGGCCUCCAAACCUCUAAUUUCGAUAGCAAAAAACCUCAACAAGACAACACAAGAACCUAGACUAGGCGCCAAAGCACAGCAGAAAACAAAGGAAUAUGUAAAACGACGCAAUGCAAAGAAUAUAUCGAAUGUUGAACAAAAGUCUAAUAUUGAGAAAGAUGUCUUAAAUAUUACAUGGUCCCUAACAAAAUUACGAGUGUCACGGAGCAACAAUUUUGAAGGAGGUAUUACAGCAUGUGUAAUCUGUCAGCAAACCUUUACCCUCACAGAAAAUUACCACCGACAUUUGUCCACUUGUGCUUUUGUCCAACCGACGAAAUCCGCAGACCAACAAGUGUUUGGAGUAAGAAUGAAUUUUGUUCCUGGAUGUACUACAAAGUUUUCCCUGGUGGUAUCAAACAAUUGUGCUGCGGUUCUUGUCUUACGAUCUAUUACAAUCAUCGAUAAGAAUGGAAAACAGAUACCGGUUUUUUGUGGAACAGAAGUACUACGAAUGGUGCCUGAUUAUUGUUUCGAAGAAAUAAUUUCUCUGGACACUAUGAUAUCAAAUGUUCAACUGAUCCAAGGUAUACAGUAUUCUUUGGUCAUAAUGGCCUCGUCGUUAGGUGGAGAAAAACACAUCGAAAUUGUUGAAAUACAUCGUUUAAAACAAUUUAACGGAGCCACCAAAAAACAAAAAACUCCACUAAAAUUAGUAAAACUGCCAAGUUACGAAAUACCUGUUGCAAUAAAAGCGUUGUAUAAGAAUAAUUUUAAAAAUGAAGGCGCUCUAGAAUCGCACGAAAUCAGAAUUCUCACAGAUGUGGAAGGAUCCAAAAUUGCAACUUCGUUGACCAGUGCCUCGUACAAAAGCCAGUUACGGCUCCUUAAUCAAAUCGAAGAAUGUCAUUUGCGAGACGAAUUCAAUAGUUAUACAAUCAUCGAUCCAAAGUUGGUUCAAAAAGGGAAGAACCUUUACACAAUUCCGAUCAAUCAAUUCAAGAAUCGACCAUCAUUGAUAAAGGAGAAUAUUGAAGUCCUUAUAAGUGUUGACAAAGGUCAUCGCGACCAAACUUUGAUCGGAAUAGUGGAUCGUGUGGACACCAAGUGGAUUGUAAUCCUGAUGGAUCGUCAGCUACCUAUCGAAAAGGUAUCUAAAGUUCGUUUUUUACAAAAUGUGACUACCUUCCAAAUGGAGUAUCGUGCCUUAGAGCUUUUGGAUGACGGUGUUAUAGAUAAAGUGUUAUUUCCACAAAACACACUGAAAAAUGUGACACUUAUGUAUACCAGUUUUCAGUGGUUUAGCUCGAGCAUAGCAACGAACAAAGAGCAAAUGACAGCUGUGCGAAACAUUGUUAAUCGAACAUCAUUCCCAGCACCGUACUUACUAUUUGGGCCUCCGGGUACUGGCAAGACCACUACGUUAGUGGAAGCCAUAGCUCAAAUUUACAAACUUUGUCCAAUGGCCAACAUUCUUGUGGCGGCGUCAAGUAAUUUCGCUGCUAAUGAAUUGACAGGAAGACUGUUGAAAGCUGUUCCAGAUGAAAGUAUCUUUCGUUUCUUUUCCCGUUCUAUUGAACGCAAACUAAACGAAGUCAACGGCGAUGUAGUGAAAGUGUCUAACAUGAUCAGUGGAAGUUACGAUAUGCCAUAUUACGAAGAUAUCUAUCAGAGUCGGAUUGUCGUCUGUACAUUGACAACAGCAGGUCGUUUAGUUCAAGCGAACAUAGUGAAGAACCAUUUUACUUAUAUUUUCAUAGAUGAAGCCGGUAGUGCCAAAGAGAUAUCAACUUUAGUACCAAUUAUCGGUUUAGCUAUCAAUGAGGAAACAAUCCAUGCAAGCAUUAUUCUUGCUGGAGACCCAAAACAACUUGGCCCCGUUAUCCAGUACGAUUAUUUGAACCAAACCACCCAUAGCGUAUCGAUGAUGGAACGAAUGCUGAACUUUGAAGAAAUGUACAGAAAGACACCCUCUAACGGAAAAUUUAAUUCAUACUUUAUCACACAACUUUGCGAUAAUUUUCGGAGUGCCAAAGCAUUACUGGAUUUACCAAAUAACAUGUUUUAUGAAGGGCAACUGAGAGCUAAAGCUACGCCGGACGUUGCGCAUUGGGCUUUUCAUUGGCAUCGAUUGCCUAAUCGUCAAUUUCCAAUAAUCUUGCAUCCAGUUAUAGGCGAGCUAGUUCAAGACCAGAAUACUUCGAGCUAUUAUAACAAAUUAGAAGCAGAACAAGUGGUGUUCUACAUUCAAGAUAUUCUGUCUGACGGCAUAAAUAAUAAACAAGUGAAACAAAAGGAUAUUGGUGUCAUAUCACCGUACGCACGACAAGUUUCUUAUCUGAAGGAAUGCUUCCAGGAACACGGUUGGGAUGACAUAGAAGUUGGUUCUACUGAACAGUAUCAGGGUCGAGAAAAACUUAUUAUCAUUAUAUCAACGGUACGAUCAAACUGCUACACCAUAGGGUUUCUGGGGAAUGUGAAACGUCUUAACGUUACAAUAACCCGAGCUCGCGCCCUCAUGAUUAUUGUUUGUAAUCCAGUAACUCUUGCUCGCAACAAACACUGGAAGCAGCUUGUGGAGUACUGUCGAAAAAAUAAUGCAAUUGCUGCGACAGAAAAAAGUCAGUUCAAAAAUAUGAGGAAAAAAUACAGAGCCGAUAAAAAAAGAAAAGAUCCGAGUGAGAAUAACAACUUGAAUGUAAAUAGAAAUAGUCAGACGUUGGAUUCGUUUAAAUUACAUCUUACAUCGAACUUACUUGAACGAGAAAUGGAAAAGCUCACUAUCGACAACGGAAAACAAAAAUAAACA